AUUGGUGAACACAUUUCGUUAUGCUGAUUGUGCACUUAGAGGACCGCUUCCCAAAUUUUCUGGACGAUUGGAGAUUUGAAAGACUUAUACAAGGAAUCAAAAAAGAGAUUUUACGCUGCUGCCUUGCAGCAACCCUAAUCCUACUGAAUCAUGGACUCAAAUAUGUGAUGUAUCCAGUGAAGAAUUCCAUAAGUGUUAGCUUUUUCGUAGAUUUUAUGAAAACCCGGACUACUAUGGAUUCUGCGAUAGCCACCAAUAUGUAUUCUCCUUGGGCAAGAUGCUGGAGAAUCGCGGCAACACAGCCGUAUACCUACUCCAUGCUUUUACGCGCAUUUGCUAAAUUUCUUGCACCAGCCAACUUUUGACUCAACUUAUCUCCUCUAAAAUUGCCUGUAAAAUCGUCUAAUGUAAAUACCGUAUUAACAACAAAAAUGCACAGUAAAAACGUUUAGUUAUUUGAAUAAAUAAGAGUGUGCCAAUGUAAUUAAUAAGUAGUGUCUAGAUGUAACCCGGGUAUUUAGUAUAGUAAAGAUAUGUUUAUUUAAAAAUUAUAUGAUACAGAGUUUUGUGUAUGUAAUUUAAUUGUCCGGCUAUUCACUCGACCCUCUUCGCUUGCUCUCCCAGUCCUCACUUGACACUGCUUUAUUUGUAUGCUGUGUGCCUUCAGUAUG